AUGGAUAUGAUGGUCAAAGCAAUGAUCAAACUUAUCAAUGAAGAUGCUGAUUCUUUUGCAAGGAGAGCGGAAAUGUACUAUAAGAAACGCCCUGAGCUCAUGAAACAUGUGGAGGAGUUUUACAGGGCAUAUCGUGCUUUAGCAGAAAGGUAUGAUCAAGCUACUGGCGCACUCCGGCAGGCCCAUAGGACAAUUUCAGAAGAGUUUCCAAAUCAGAUGCCAUCAAUGUCUGACGAGUCGCCUUCCUCAAGCCAAGAAGUGGAGCCACGAACACCAGAAAUGCAGAUACCCUUACGUGCACCAUUCGAUCCUGACGAUCUGCACAAGGAUGCACUUGGUGUGUCUCCACAGCUAUAUACCCUCAAGAGGCAUGGUACACACACUGAUGAGAUAAGUUCUUUGUCAAGUCGCAAAGGUCUCAAAGAGUUUAAUGAUUUGUUUUCUAGCUCUGACAAUAGCCAUCGUGUCAGUUUUUCUGAUGGGAAAGUACGAAAAGGCCUCACUUUUGAAAGCCCAGAUGCUAAAGGGAAACAAGAUGCAAGUGAUGAUAUCAUGAAUUUGCAAGAUGAAAUUUCCAAAUUAUUAGCAGAGAGCCAGAGUCUGAAGCAACAAAUUUCAUCAGAGUCUCAGAGGGCAGACAAUGCUGAGAGUGAAAGCCAAAGCCUUAAGGACAUCAUCUCAUGUUUGACUUCUGAGAAAGAUGCAGCCCUUCUACAGUACAGUGAAUCGACCAAAAGAUUGUCUGGUUUAGAGAUCGAGCUCUCUAAGGCACACAACGAACUGAAGAAACUCUCCGAUUAUAUGGCCAUGGAAGUUGAGAAUUUAAACAGCGCUGAAUCACGUAACAGCACAAUGCAAUCUGAGCUUGAGACUCUGGGCCAGAAGAUCAUGGUGCAGGAGCAAGAACUUACACAAAAUAGACAGAAGAUGGAAACAUUCCACUUUAGUCUACAGGAUGAAAGUGCCAGGCGAAAACAGGCUGAAGAUGCUCUAUGCACAACAGUGAAGGACUACACUAGAUCUCAGGCAGAGGCAAGUAGGUUGACUCUAGAAAUGGAGGCAGCAAAUGAUAGGUUGAGCGAGUUCAAGCAGAUGAAACUUAACCUGGAGGACACAGUAAGCGAGCUGAAGAAUGAAGUUGUGAGACUGUCUGAACAAAAUCGUGUUUCUGAGCCUUUGAUAGAAGAACUUCGUAGUGACAUAGAUUGUAUGGUGGAUUCGAAGAGCAAAUUUGAGAGUGAGAUCCAUGCUCUUAGGAGCACUGUCUCACAAAUAAAUACUGAAAAAGAUGUGGCUCUGCUUCAGCAUCAGCAAUGUGUCGAGCAGCUGUCUGAUCUGGAAUCCAGGCUCCUGAAGGCAGAAUCAGAGCGGGAGAAGAUUGAACUGAAGGUACAAAUGCUGGUGCAAGAACUUGAGCAGAAGAAAGAAGAAGUUGGUGCCAUACAUGCUCGGCUGCAGGAUGAACACUUCAAUUACAUGCAAAAGGAAGCAGCUCUUCUUGCAAUGGAAGACCUGCAUUCUCAGUCUCAAGAAGAAGUUAAAAGGCUGGCACAAGACCUUGAACACUCGAACAUGAGAUUGAGCGACCUAGAAAAUAAGAACUUUAAAUUGCAGAACAUGUCGCAAGAUUUCGAGAGGGUGAUUUUUGAGCUAAAUUUUAAGAACAACGCAGCCUUUCUUGAACAGCAGAAGUCCUUGGAGAGAAUAUCAUGCUUGGAAGCUCAACUUUUGUCAACACAUUCAGCAAUGGAGAAGAUUGUAAAUAAAUCUCAGAUGCUGGAUCAAGAACUUGUACAGACGAAGAAACAAGUAGAUGACCUUCAAAGUAGUUUGCACCAGGAAGAACAGAAAUACAUGCUUUCUGAAAAGACUCUUCUCACAGUGGAGCACCUACAUUUGCAGUCCCAGGAAGAAGCAAAGACACUAGCACAAGAUCUUGGAAGCUUAAGCAAGAAACUUAGAGAGGCUGAAAAUGAUAAGUUGGAUCUGCAGAACAUUUCGCGGGAACUCAAGAACACCAUUUCAGAUAUGAAUUCUGAGAAAAAUGCAAUGAUACUCCAACAGCAGCAGUCCUUGCAGAGAGUUUCUGAUUUAGAAGCAUAUAUUUUUGAUGUACAGUCAGAUCUGGAGAAAAAUAAGGAGAAAGUCCAGUUGCUAGAGCAAGAACUGGAAAACAUGAAAGAAGUGGUGAAUGGUCUGCAUAAAAAAUUGGAGGAGGAAGGUCAUAUACGGAUGCAUGCCGAAGCAGAACUUACCGUGGUGAAAAACCUGCAUUCCCAAUCUGAGGAAGAAGUGGGUCAUCUUGUCAUGGAUCUUCAGAAGUUAAAUGAUGAGUUAAGUGAAGUGCAGGACAGCAAUCUUAUUGUGGAAGAUUUAUUAUGUGAACUUAUGAACACCAUCUCUGUUUUGAAUACCGAAAAAGAUGCAGCACUUGUUCAACUACAGCUGUCCUUAGAAAGAGUAACCGAUUUGAAGUCAGAAGUCUCAGAGACACGGUUGGAGGUGGAGAAGACUGAGCAGAAGUUGCAGAUGCUGGAGCAAGAAUUUGCUCAGAAGAAUUUCAUGGUGGAUAUUCUGCAGUCAAGUUUGCAAGAUGAGAGCAAGAAACGUGUGGAGGCUGAGACAUUGCUCAUAUCAAAUGAGAAUCAGUAUUUCCAGUCACAGGAAGAAGUAAAUAGAUUGUCCCUGGAGAUUGAGACGCUGGAGAGGAAGCUGAAUGAAGUGGAGAACCUAUCUUUCGAGCUUAAGAACACCAUCUUGCUUCUGGAUUCCGAGAAAGCCACAACUCUUCUUCAGCACAAGCAGUCAUUGGUAAAAACAUCCGAUCUGGAAUCUAAGCUUUCAGGGGUGCAGAUUGAACUAGAGAAUGCUGAACAAAAAGUGCAAAUGCUUGAUAAAGAACUCGAGCAGAAGAGAGAAGAGGUUGAUAACUUGGCGACUAGCCUGAAAGAUGAAGCCCAAAAGCAUACAGAGGCUGAAACAGCUCUUCUGACAAUAACUAAUCUAUACUCUAAUUCUCAGGAAGAAACGAACAGGUUAGUCCUUGAGAUUAACAUACUGAACAGAAAGUUGAAUGAAGUGGAAAACGUGUCUUCGGAGCUUAAGAACACCAUCCUGCUUCUGGAUUCCGAGAAAGCCACAACUCUUCUUCAGCACAACCAGUCCUUGGUGAGAGUAUCUGAUCUGGAAUCUGAACUCUCUAGGGUGCAGACUGAACUAGAGAAUUCUGAGCAAAAAGUGCAAAUGCUUGAUAAAGAACUCGAGCAGAAGAGAGAAGAGGUUGAUAGCUUGGCGACUAGCCUGAAAGAUGAAGCCCAAAAGCAUACAGAGGGUGAAACAGCUCUUCUGACGAUAACUAAUCUAUACUCUAAUUCUCAGGAAGAAGUGAACAGGUUAGCCCUUGAGAUUAACAUGCUGAAUAGGAAGUUGAAUGAAGUUGAAAAUGUGUCUUCAGAGCUUAAGAACACCGUCUUUCUGCUUAGUUCUGAGAAGGACACAUGUCUUCUUGAGCACAAGCAGUCCUUGGUGAGAGCAUCUGAUCUGGAAUCUAAACUCUCUGGAGUGCAGACUGAACUAGAGAAUUCUGAACGAGAAGUGCAAAUGCUUGAUAAAGAACUCAAACAGAAGAGAGAAGAGGUGAAUAACUUGCUGACUAACCUAAAAGAUGAAGCACAGAAGCACAUUAAAGGUGAAGCCUCUCUUCUCGAGAUGACAAAUCUGCAUUCUCGGUCUCAGGAAGAAGUCAAUAGGUUGGUUUUGAAGAUCGAGAGGCUGAAUGGAAAAUUGAAUGAGAUGGAGAACACUAAGGUGGACCUUGAGAACACAAUAUCCAAGCAUGCAGAGGACAACCGUAUCCUUGGUGAACAAAAUCUUUCUUCUGAAUUAAAUAUCAGAGGCCUUAACGAUGAAUUGGAUAUGUUAAAGGAAAUGAAAAGGAAUCUUGAGAACGAAGUGGGACUCCACAUUGGUGAGAAGGAAAUGCUUCAAAGUCAAUUGGCCCAUCAGAAAGAAGACACAGAAAUUCUGGUGAGGCAGUACUGUUCACUGGAACAUGAGAUGGAUGCAGUAAACAGAAGAGCAGCAACACUCCAGCAGUUACUUGAUAAAAAAGUAUUUGACAUGGAGAAGCUGUCAGUCGAGUAUUUGACCUUGAAGAAAUCAUUUUCAAAUGCAAUUGUUGAGACGGAAGCCCUCAAGGAGAUCUUCUGA